AUGGAAAACUACACGCUGCUCAUAGAGAAGAGAGGUUGUUCUCAGUGUAUCGCCGUCAACACCACCAUCUGCAGUGGCUUCUGUCACACACAGGACACCAACGUGAAGGGGCGUGUGGGUAAGAGUUACCUGAUCCAGCGUGGCUGCAUGCCCCACUCCCUGGUCUACCAUCCUGCCCGCGUGCCAGGCUGCCCACUGCACGUCAACAACGUGCUCUACUACCCAGAGUCCCGUCGCUGUCACUGCACCCGCUGUGACGGACACGCCCACCGCUGUGUCCACAUGACCCAGGCCACACCCACCCCUUGCACCAGGAAGAGCCCUGCUACCCGCAGGACCUGGACACGCCCACCUGUCAAGAGACACAGCGACCAGGAAACCUGA